AUGUCGUCCGUAACCUCGCUGUUGUCGGCGACGGCAACUUCGGCGGCUGCCCCGACGUCCACUGGCGGAAACAGAGCUGCUCCUCAGGGUGGUGUCAUCGAAGGCGCGAACCCUUCGGUGUACAAUCCGAAGGAUCCCAUCACGAUGUUCAUCAUCCAGGCUGGGUUGAUCAUCAUUGUCUGCCAUCUCCUUCAUUGGCCACUCUCCAAGAUCCGACAACCUCGAGUCAUCGCCGAGGUCAUUGGUGGCAUUGUCCUCGGUCCAUCGGUCAUGGGCCGCAUCCCUGGUUUCCGCAACGCCAUCUUUCCAACAGAGUCUAUACCAAACCUCACCCUUGUUGCCAAUGUCGGACUCGUGCUUUAUCUCUUCCUCAUCGGCCUUGAAACGGAUGUUCGCUUUCUAGUCAGCAAUUGGCGGAUUGCCACCUCGGUCGCGUUCGCUGGGUUGGCCCUCCCGUUUGCUCUAGGUUGCGCUCUCGCAUGGGGCCUGUAUAAUCAAUUCUCCGGGGACGAGGGCCUCGUCCAUAUCAACUUUAGUGUGUACAUGUUGUUUAUUGGCGUUGCAAUCGCCAUCACGGCCUUCCCCGUUUUGUGUCGAAUCCUGACGGAGCUGAAGCUUCUUGAUACGAAGGUUGGUGUCAUUGUGCUUUCGGCUGGCGUAGCCAAUGACGUUGUUGGUUGGAUCUUGCUUGCUCUCUGUGUCGCUCUCGCCAACGCGGGCACUGGUCUAUCUGCUUUGUGGAUUCUGUUGGCGUGUAUCGGCUACAUGCUCUUUCUGCUGUUUGCCGUCAAGCCCACCAUCACAUGGCUUUUGCGUCGAUCAGGUAAUAUCGAAAAUGGGCCUUCCCAGGGCAUGAUCUCGCUCAUUUUAUUGAUUGCACUUACUUCGGCAUUCUUCACGGGCAUCAUUGGUGUUCACGCUAUUUUCGGAGGCUUCAUGGUUGGCCUCAUCCUUCCUCGUGAAAACGGCUUUGCUAUCAAAGUCACCGAAAAGUUGGAGGAUUUGAUCGGCGCAUUAUUCCUGCCUCUAUACUUUACACUGUCAGGCCUCAACACCAACCUGGGACUGCUGAAUUCUGGCAUAACAUGGGGCUACGUCUUUGCUGUUACGUUCACCGCUUUCUUCACCAAAGUCAUUGGUGCCACUCUUGCUGCCAAGUUAAACGGAAUGGUCUGGAGAGAAUCCUUCUCCAUUGGAGCCUUGAUGAGCUGCAAGGGACUUGUUGAGCUGAUUGUAUUGAACAUCGGCUUGCAAGCCAAGAUCCUGAGCACACGCACUUUUACCAUUUUCGUCGUUAUGGCUUUGCUGACGACUUUCGUCACAACGCCCUUGACAUCGGUCCUAUACCCUCCGUGGUAUCAGAAGAAGAUUGAAGCUUGGAGGCGCGGGGAGAUUGACUGGGAUACUGGUGAUCUUCAUCCCGAAUAUAAUACGGGCAACGACACAGACUCCGCCAAACAUGCUAGCACCCGCGUUCGACGCCUCUUGGUAUACCUUCGGCUGGACAACAUGCCGGCAAUGCUGAACUUGGUGUCGUUAUUCGGAAAGCAAUCUGCAUCUGACAACCAAUAUGUGGCACAGGAUGAGAAGGGCGGCGUUCAUUCAGAAACAGCCAACCUGCAGGCUUCACCUAACUCUCAGGCUGUGCGAGCUCAUGGAUUUCGUCUGCUACAUCUUACUGACCGCGACUCAUCUGUAAUGACAGUGUCCCAAGUAGCCGAGUGGAGCCAAAAUGACCCGGUGGUCAACAUCUUCCGCACCGUCGGCCAGUUUCUCAAGGUCGCCGUGUCUGGCGAAGUGUCGAUCAUGCCCGAGGCACGUUUUGCUGAAGCGCUGCUAUCCAAGUCGUCGGAUAUUUCAUCGGAUCUUCUCCUGGUUCCUUGGAGCGAGAGCGGUAGUCUGGUCGACUCGCAAGUUUCACCCGCAGAUGGUGCCGCAAACAAAUUUGCAACGGCAUACACAUCAUUCGCCAAAUCAAUACUUGCUUCUUCUGAGCAUAACAUCGGGCUUUUCUUCUCUCACGACGGCUGUCGGCCAACAACCUCAUCCGGCGAGAAGGCCAAACUCAUGCGAACUUACUCGUUUAGCGACAUUCACCACGAUAUUCCAUCGAUUCCGGUUACGAACAAGUCCCAUCACAUCUUCAUGCCCUACUUCGGUGGCCGCGAUGAUAAGCUAGCCCUCAUCCUAGUUUUGCAGCUCUGCGAGAAGCAGAACGCCACGGCCACUGUUGUGCACUUCGCUUCGUCGGCCGAAGCUGACCAGGAUGCUAGUGACUUCUUCGGCUUCAUUUCAACACACGUCCCAGCUGCCACAGGAUCCCGAGUAAAAUUUGAAGUUUCAUCUGCUAGCAAUCCCAUCGAGGCUGCCGUAAGCCAGGCUACCUCCGGCAUUCGGGUUGACUCACGGGGCAUUGCUUGGCAUAAUCUCAUCGUCCUUGGUCGACGUACUUCUGCUUUGUCCAAGGAGGGCAAAAACUCUGUCAAAGUAUCGACCGAGGCCAGGGAGUGUUUGGGUUCGGCGGCUGCGGCCCUCAUUUCGUCCGAGGUGAAAGCAGAUAUGUUGGUUGUACAAGCUAAAGCCGGGUCGGCGUGA